GUGGUGCUUCCGAUUCUGCUGAUCCGGGGAGUGACACUAGAGGGAGCCAGAGAUGGGAUCCAGUUUUAUAUUGGCUCAGAGUCCAACUUGACUAAGCUGGCUGCGGCACAAGUAUGGAAAGACGCUGCGUCUCAGACCUUCUUCUCUCUGUCUAUUGGUUGGGGCGGAGUAAUAACACUUGCUUCUUAUAGCAAAUUCCACAACAAUGCCUUGAUAGAUUCAUUAAUUGUCACACUCACUAAUGCUGGCACCAGUGUGCUGGCAGGUUUUGCCAUAUUUUCCAUUUUGGGCCACAUAGCUCAUGUUUACAAAAUGCCUGUUGGAGAGGUGGUGAAGGAAGGUUUUGGCUUGGCCUUCAUUGCAUACCCAGACGCUCUGUCCAAACUGCCUGGUUCUCCAAUCUGGUCCUUUUUAUUUUUUUUCAUGUUGCUGACUAUUGGUCUGGACUCCCAGUUUGGAGCAGUAGAGGUGAUCAUCACAUGCCUGAUUGACUCCUCUCCUAAACGCCUCACGUCCAAACAUGGCACCUUGACCAUAUUAAUCGGUGUACUUCUUUUCCUCCUUGUACUACCUUACGUCACACAGGCAUGGGUGACUCUUGUUGAGCAAUUUGUCGCAAGCUGGGUCAUGCUAAUUUUGGCUUUCUUGGAGAUCACUGGUUUCAUCUAAAUAUAUGGGGGAAACUCUUUUAUUAUGGAUGUUGAGAUGAUGAUUGGCAAGAAGAGUUGGAGUUAUUGGUUCUGGUGGAGAACAUGUUGGUUCUUCAUCAGCCCCUGUGUUAUAGUGGUGAUUCUUAUCUGGUCUCUGAUGACUUUCAUACCCCCUACCUAUGGAACGGUCCAAUACCCAGCUUGGGCUCUGGCUUUGGGAUGGUGCAUGGAAGCGUUUAUCCUUCUUUGGAUUCCGCUCAUUGCUCUUUAUAAGCUGAUAAGAGCACAAGGAACAUUGUGGGAGCGUGUGAAGUCGCUGUGCUCUGCCUCGGAACAUUGGCAUCCCUAUCUAGACAUUCAUCGCGGUGAGCGGUAUGCAGAAGAGCACUGCAGGCGCAGGAGGAGCUCCAGUAAUCUCAGCAAACCAGAACCAAGUCUAAAUGUCAUCUCCAGCUCAAAGUUCUGAUUAAUGUAUUUUCAACCAAUUUAACUAGCACACAGGUGACAAACUCACAUCGAGCCACUACACAUUUAGGCCUUUUUAAGCAAAUCACAUAUUUUUGCUUAACUUCAAACAAUUUUAAGAAUGCAAAUGAUCUUGAUUUUGAACAAAUUUGUCUAUUCAAUGUACUUUCUUGUUG